CAGCGGAGGGUAUCAGCCUAAGGCUGGGUGGUACAGCCGCAGUGAGUACAGUGGAUUCCCAAGUCUCAAUUUUGAGGAGCUCCCCACCCCCAUCUCUUGAAGUUACCGGCUGUGGGAAGAGGUUGCCUGAUUUCUGGGGCUCCUGGCGAGGUCUGUUCUGUAGUCUAGAGGGCUGGGGUGUCCUCCUGUGAGCACUUUCAGUUCUUUGUGAGCGCCAGAAACCGAGGGACUCUUGCUGUCUACCUGCCGCCCGUGCUGACCGGCCCUUUCCCGUAUUACUCUAUUGAGCCUAUCCGAGAAGGCCCACUUCUUGUUCAGUGGAUGAUGGCAUUUGAGCAGAUACCAAAGAAGGAUUGGUACAGCAUUCUGGGGGCAGACCCAUCUGCAAGUAUGUCAGACCUAAAACAAAAGUAUCAAAAACUCAUAUUACUGUAUCAUCCAGAUAAACAAAGUGCAGAUGUGCCAGCAGGAACAGUGGAGGAAUGUAUACAGAAGUUCAUCGAAAUUGAUCAGGCAUGGAAAAUUCUAGGGAAUGAAGAGACAAAAAAAGAGUAUGACCUGCAGCGGCAGGAAGGUGAUCUAAGAAAUACGGGACCAGUAGAUGCUCAAGUAUAUCUCGAAGAAAUGUGUUGGAAUGAAGAUGAUCACACUUUUUCUCUGAGUUGCCGAUGUGGUGGAAAAUACAGUGUUUCCAAGGAUGAAGCAGAAGAAGUUACCCUGAUUUCUUGUGAUACAUGUUCACUAAUAAUAGAACUCCUUCAUUAUGGCUGAAAUUGUUCACUAAAUGGGAUCCUUUAACUCUGUAUUCAUACAUGUUGAAGAGCGCCCAUUCAAGUAAAUGUAUAAAGCUGAUAAAAAGAAGCAGCAUUCUUUUUUUGUCAGCUCUUUUAUUUGCAGAGAAAAUAGAAGACUCAAGCGAGGGCCACCCUAGGUUCAUAGAAAAUGAACUCAGUUAUUUAUAUGUAUUUAUAAUUUAUAUUUGUAGAUCACAAAAAAGACUUGAAUUAUAAAUUAUAUUUUGUGAAUUCCCAUCUGAGAACUUUGUGAUUUGGUCCAUUUUCUCCUUGGUACAAAAUAAGAAUUUUCCUUUUCUUCAAAUAAGCAUGUCUCCUCUUGUUAAGCAUCACAGUAUCAUCAUGUUCCUUAAUAGUUACUAAGUUUCUGAAGUAACAUGACAUUUAUUUGUGCUAAAGUUAUCAGCCUGUUGUACAAGUAUCUCAAAUUCCAGGUCAUUAGAAUUAAAUUAGAAUCUUUGUGAAUAGCAUGUGAACCUAGUUAUCUCAUAACUAGGACUGGAUAUGGAUAUUCAUGAAGUUACCUUCAGGAAGGUAAAGUGGCAGCUGUGGAAAAGACAGCUUUGGAGUCAAAAGACUUGACUUUGGUCCUGGCACUAUCUUCCCUGAGUCUUCGUGUGGCUACAUUAAGGGAGUAAGGCUUGAACACUGCCAUCUUCAACUUUAAAUGUAACUUAGGAAGUGGCAGUUUUUU